AUGAUUCGCAAUGUCACCGUCGGGCCAAGCCCGGCCUGGCUGGUCGAACGCCUCGAGGCGAUCGGCUCGCGGUCGAUCAACAACGUCGUCGACAUCACCAACUACGUGCUCUGGGAGACUGGCCAACCGCUCCACGCCUUCGACUACGAGCGCCUCGGCGGGGCCGAGAUCCGGGUCCGCCGAGCCCGUGCCGGUGAGCAGCUCAAGACCCUCGACGGCGUCGAGCACAAGCUCGACGAGGAAAUUCUGGUAAUCGCCGACGCCGAGCAGCCGGUAGCGCUGGCCGGGGUCAUGGGUGGCUUCGACAGUGAGGUCACCAAGAGCACCACCACCGUGCUGCUCGAGAGCGCCCACUUCGAUCCCCACACGGUGCGCCGCGGCGCCAAGAAGCUCGGCCUGCACACCGACGCUAGCCACCGCUUCGAACGCGGCGCUGAUCCGCUAGCCUGCCUGUGGGCGGCCCAACGCGCGGCGGCACUGAUCGCCGAGUUGGCCGGCGGCGAGAUACUGGCCGGCGAAGUCGACCCGCAAGAGCUCGACCCGGCCUGGCCACCGGCGAUCGAAAUCGACCAACACCGGUUAGCAGCCUUCGGCGGCGUCGACAUCGAAGCCGCCGAGAUCGAGACCACCCUCGGCGGCCUGGUGUUCGAGCUCACCUCCACCGGUGCAGCGCGCUGGCAGGUCACGCCGCCUUCGUGGCGCUGGUACGACUUCGAGAACCCGUACCCGGCGGACGUCUACGAAGAGCUGCUGCGCAUCCACGGCUUCGACGAGAUCGCUUCCACCCUGCCGCAGGUUGCCGGACUCGACGCGGCCGAGGGCCCCGGCCACCGGCUGCGGCGACGGAUUCAAGACCAUCUGGCGGCGUGUGGCUUUGCCGAGGCCAUCGACUACGCUUUUCACGAUCAGGCUUCCGAUGACGCCUUCCCCGGCUUGCUCGCCGACGCUGAAGCCCUGCGGCUGGCCAACCCGCUGUCCGACCGCUACGCCGUGAUGCGGCGCUCGAUCGCCCACGUCUUCGCGGCUGGUGCCGCCGACGCCGAGCCAGUAGCCGGAGUGCGCGAGAUCGAGACCCUCGCCUUGGUCGCUGGCGGUUCGAGCAACAGCGCCUGGGAGCGGCCGGCGCAAAUCGACUUCUUCGAUCUCAAAGGAGUGGUCGAUAGCCUGGCUUCGAGCCUCGGGGUGACGCUCGAAGCGCGGCCGGCCAAGCGACCGAACCUGGUACCAGGCCACACCGCCGACCUGUUCUUGGCCAGCGACUCGCUCUCGUCUGACGAGAUCCGGCGACCGGUGGGCUACCUCGGCCAGCUCGAGGAGGAAGGCCCGUGGCCCUUGCUGGUCGCCGAGCUGGCCUGCGAGGCGCUGCUCGGCGAGGACGAAGGCGCGCUGACGAUCGAGAUUCCGUCCAAGCUGCCGGGCAUCUCCGCCGACACCACCCUGACCCACUCGCUCGAAGUCGCCUGGGCAGAGAUCGCCCAAGCCAUCGAAAGCGAGCAAGUCGCCGAUCUGCUCGCCUUUGGCCUGAAAGAUCUCUACAGCGGCAAAGGGGUGCCGGCAGGCGCGGCCAACACCACGAUCUGGUUCCGCUACGGCUCACACGAACGUUCAUUGACCCAAGAAGAGAUCAACGAGCGCCACCAGCAGCUGGCGGCGAUGCUCGAGAAACGGUUCGGCUCGGGCCGCUGA